AUGAUUAUCAAGAAGAGUUUCAAUGAGUCUGAGGAAGUUGUCGUUUCGAAAAAAGACCUGAGACGAUUUGUCCUUGACUGCUUGAAGCAAGUUAAAUGCUCUGAUGAUCAUGCCCAACAGUUGGCUGAUAUUCUCAUAUGUUCCGAUUACAGAGGUCAUUACUCGCACGGAUUGAACCGUCUUCACAUCUAUGUGCGUGACUUAGCCGAAAGAUCAACUGAUAUUGAAGGCGAACCUGUUGUAAUCAAAGAGAAGGCAUCAACAGCUUGGGUUGACGGCAAAAACCUACUUGGUCCAGUCGUUGGCAACUACUGCAUUCGGCUAGCAGUUCAGAAAGCAAGAGAACAUGGAAUUGGAUUUGUUGUUGCUCGGAACUCAAACCAUUUCGGCAUUGCUGGAUGGUACGCGGAAUAUGCUAUGAAGCAUGGCCUUAUCGGUAUGGCUUUCACUAACACUUCUCCAUGUGUUUUCCCAACUGGUUCAGCUGAGAAGAGCUUAGGUUCCAAUCCUAUUUGCAUGGCAGCUCCUGCAAAAGAUGGGGAUAACUUCUUCCUUGAUAUGGCGUCCACUACUGUUGCCUAUGGAAAGAUUGAAGUGGUUGACCGUCGUGGUGGCAAGAGAAUCCCACCUGGCUGGGGUGCCGAUGCUGACGGAGUAGAAACAUAUGAUCCAAAGGAAGUUCUGAACGGUGGAGGGCUUCUUCCUCUUGGUGGUCAAGAGAACACAGGUGGAUACAAAGGAACUGGCCUUUGCAUGAUGGUAGAAGUAUUAUGUGGCAUUUUGGCCGGAUCUGCUUUCGGAAAAAACAUUCGUCAGUGGCAGACAACGGAAACUAACGCUGACUUGGGACAAUGCUUCAUAGUCAUUGAUCCAGAAUGUUUUGCGCCCGGUUUUCCAGAAAGAAUGCAACUAUUCUUAGACGAAACAAGAAAUUUGACGCCGAUGAAUCCAUCGAAACCUGUGCAAGUAGCGGGUGAUCCAGAGAGAGCUCAUAUGUAUAUGUGUGACGACUUGGAUGGUAUUGUAUAUAAGAAGAGUCAAUUAGAGCAUUUGGAACAACUUUCGCGAGGGUUGGGAGUGAAAAUGUUUGAAGCCAAAACUUUGCCCAAGAUAGAAUCAAAUUGUCAAGAACAAAUUAUAUAA